CAAUCGUUGGACUCAAAUUACUUAAACCCUAAAUCCCUUUCAUUCUCGGCCUUUUCUUCGCCCUUCCUCUCUCUACUUCUUUGUGCGCUGCUGCUAAGCUUCUUUGCAGACAUGACGAGGAAGAUUAAGCACUACAGACCUCCCGGAAAGAAGAAGGAAGGAAACGCCGCCAGGUUCAUCACCAGGUCACAAGCUGUCAAGCAGCUGCAGUGCAGUCUCACUCUCUUCAGGAAACUAUGCAUUCUCAAAGGCAUAUUCCCUCGGGAGCCAAAGAAGAAGGUGAAAGGAAAUCACCACACUUACUAUCAUGUGAAGGAUAUUGCUUACCUUCAACAUGAGCCUUUACUUGAGAAGUUUAGAGAAAUAAUGGCCUACCAGAAGAAGAUAAAGAAAGCUUUAGCAAAGAAGGAUAAUGAUCAUGCUGUUCGUCUCCAAACUCGCCAACCUGCUCCUAGAUACGAUGGGGUCAUUCUACAAAGGUACCCAAAGUUUGUUGAUGCACUCAGAGACUUGGAUGAUUGUCUCACAACGGUGCACCUGUUUGCAGUAUUACCUGCCUCAGAAAGGUUGAAAAUUGAUGUGGAAUGUAUCCAUAACUGUCGAAGGUUGAGUCAUGAAUGGCAAGCUUACAUUGUCCGUACUCAUAAAUUAAGGAAGGUUUUUGUAUCUGUAAAGGGCAUAUAUUAUCAGGCUGAGGUUGAGGGUCAAAAGAUCACAUGGCUGACCCCUCAUGCAAUGCAACAAGUUUUGCCAGAGGAUGUCAACUACAGUGUCAUGUUAACUUUUCUGGAGCUUUACCAGAAUCUUCUUGGCUUUGUCAAUUUUAGACUUUAUCAUUCCGUAAAUGUGGAGUAUCCUCCUAUUCUAGAUCCUCAAUUGGAAGCUUUAGCAGCAGGUCUUUAUGCACUCUCAAGAUACAUUGAUGCUCGCACUAGUAUCUCUGCAGAAGAAUCUAAAGCUUCCAGUUCGUCGUUACCAGAGCAAUUUAGGGCUCAGGUGGAAGGGACAGAAAAUGAGGAGUCUGAAAUAAGACUUGCCCAACUUCAGCAUCAACUUCCUUCCAAUGAACCUGGUGCUUUAAUGCACCUUGUUCAGGAUGUUGAGAGUGAAAAUGAAGAUGAUCAAGAUACAAUGGAGUGCAAGAAGCUGUUUAGGAACAUGAAAUUCUUUCUGAGUCGUGAGGUUCCCAGAGAAUCCCUGCUUUUUAUCAUUCCUGCAUUUGGCGGUGUUGUUUCAUGGGAUGGAGAUGGGGCUCCAUUUAAGGAAGCAGACCCCAGCAUUACUCAUCAGAUUGUUGAUAGGCCAACCCAAGGUCAUAAAUACUUUUCAAGAGAAUAUGUUCAACCACAGUGGAUAUAUGAUUGUAUAAAUGCCAGAAUCAUAUUGCCAACUGAGGCUUAUUUAGUGGGGAGAAUUCCACCACCACACUUAUCGCCUUUUGUUGAUAAUGAGGCAGAAGGUUAUGUUCCUGACUAUGCAGAGACCAUCAAGCGUUUGCAGGCUGCAGCAAGAAAUGAAGUCCUUCCAAUUCUUGGCGUGGGAAAGGAAGAUUUCGAUGAUCCUCAGAAUUUGUUGGUUGAAGGUUACAUCAGUCGAACAGAGGCCAUUGAAGCUGCUGAGAGGAAGCAGAAGAUGCAAGAUCUUGAGAAGCAGCAUCAUGAAGAACUAAAAAGGGAACUUCAGAAUCUCAAUCCUUCACCAGUGUCAAAGAAAAUUAAGAAGAGCCCUGUUGAAGACACAGAGCCUGUGGAGGAGCCUCACACUGAUUUGCAGCAGAUCAUUGAGGACAAUGAGAGAAGGGAAACAUUGCUUAUGCCACGGAAAAAGAGGGGCCUUUAUGAAGCUAUCAAGAAAAACAAGGAAAGGAAGGAUUCUCAUGUUAAGAAACUCAAGGAGCGAAAAAAGGCGAUUGAAACUCGGAAAUCUGAGAAGAAUUGAUUUGUCUAAUGGAAUUCUUUACUUUAAAGUUCUUUGCUUACCAAAUUUUAGCUUCUCUUUUAGCUACUUAAUAUGCGUCUCUACAUGUAAGCCAUUAUUACUUCAGUAUAUACCGAGACUUUUACCGGGUUACGUUGUAACUGGCUUAAAUUUUGCUGCAAUAUCUCAAGUUUUUAAAUUUUGAUAUAUGAUAUAAAUUCAUUUGUUUU